UUAAUCUUUGGUUUCGAACCAAUAAGUGCUAUUAUCCGCAUGUGUAAUUAUUUUAUAUUUUACUUGAUACAAAUGUCUAAUACGAUUUUCACCGUGUGGAGUAUCGUCCUCCUGUGUACACUAUAUUUUACCCAACCUACUUCCGGAUUAAAUUACGAGUCCAACUGCAUACCAACAAACACAAUUUCGUUUUGUGAUACCGAUAAAUUUCUAGAAUGCAUUGAUUACUCGUGCAAUUGUAAUUCGACCAUGAACUGGGACCGGAUCCAGAACAAGUGCGGCAUUAAUGUGGGACAAGCUUGUGUUCUUGCACCGAACGAGGGAGAUCCACCAUGUUAUGGAACGGCAGUUUGCCAAGAAAACUCGGGUAAUCCCGUCUGUACCUGCGUAGCCCCAGAUUACCCGGCAGAAAAUGGGGAGUUUUGCAUCCAUCUUGUCGACACGGCAGGAUCAAACUGCCGAAAUCUUGGGGUGUCGUGCAACGCCGAAAAACAACUAGCAUGCCGUGGUUCAAGCUGCUUAUGUAAUCCGGGUUGGGAAGAUUAUAGAGGCAAUUGUUAUGCCAGUUUUAAUACGACGUGUGUUUCCGGAAGUGUGAUUCCACAUGAAAAUUGCUUCGACGCGUUUGGUCUUGAAUGUAGUGAGGAGACGGGUAGGUGCGAAUGUGGGCUACCAGAGGAUGAAGUUUGGGGGGAAUUUAAUGACUUUGGAUUCUUCCUAUGCCAAAGGAAAGUUGGAGCAGUGUGCAACGACUCUCUCGACGAAUUUUUUGACCUACACUGUGUAAAUACGGCUUUAUGCAAAAAACCGAGUGAAGACGCACCUUCUCCAAUCUGUGUCUGCCCGCCUGGUUGGAUUCCAUCGCUCGACAGAUUGAAGUGUGUGCCCGAAGUGGUACUAGAAUAUGGAGAGAAUUGUACGAUACGAGGAAAUACCCACGCUUGCAAUCGAGACAAAAAUCUGCGUUGUUUGUGCGGUGACACACAUUGUAAUUGUGCGUGCGGGACUGGGUUGAGCCCGAGCGCUGCGGGAGUGUGUCACGCAGGAUUUGAAUCACCUUGUAAGAUUGGAGAUGAAGCCGAGGAUCACUUGACAUGUCUUGAUGAAGCGUUCUUAAAGUGUGACGUGCGACAUGGAAAAUGCGGCUGCCAGGACAAUUCGGCGCAAUUCUAUGAUUAUCGGAAACAAAAAUGCGUCCUUAAAGUGACAGAAGAGUGUGACCCUGCAGGAGUUGGUGAUCCACGUUAUAUUCAGUGUCCAGCAACCUCGACCUGUAGACAAAUCCAAGACCGACACCUGUGCUGGUGUAUGCAGACAUAUUUCCCGACUGGAGAUUUGACAUCGUGUCAAAGCAGCUCUGUGGGGACUAAGCUAACCCACGGAGACGCCUGCAAUGACUGGGAUUAUAAGCGAUACUGCCCAGAAUAUUUUAAUAAUUUGUUCUGUGUUAACAGCACCUGUCAAUGUCCGGAAGGUGGUUACAGUUUUGACGGGGUGUACUGUUACGCAGACUAUGGAACAGCUUGCAACACAUCUUCCACACUUCCUAAAGACACAUGCAAUUACAGAAGAUUUCUGGAAUGCUCUCCAACCAGAGAUACUUGCAUUUGUAGAUCGAGCUUUGUCUACGAACCGGAAAUUGGACGUGAAGCAUGUUUCUUCAAAUUAAAUAGUACUUGCGACAUGAAACCAGACCUCUGCGUUGCGAAUGCCUUCUGCUAUUCCAUCAAUCCCGACGCUACUUCAGGGUCAUGCCAAUGCAAAGAGGGCUACAGACCUGGCGAUGGAGACGAGUAUGCAAUUUGCAUACCAGAAUAUGAAACCCCCAGCACUCCAAAGCCUAGCACAAGCACGCAGGAAAAUUCCGCUAAUGCAUUGCAUAAUUACAUUUCAACCAUUUUGCUAGUUUUAAUUGCAUCAAGUGCUUUGUAUUUCAGGUAAAAAUUUAUGUAACCUCAUUAAGUGGAAAUUUUUGGAACAAUACAAUUUCUCUUGCGUAAUAAGAUAA